ACCUUCAGGUAGGAUAUUCUGGGUGACUUUGGGCGUCCGCACAACUUGGGUGCAGAGGCUGCUUGGUCUUGGGCCUGACAGGUUUUUCUUAUCUCGUUUUGGGCCGGAGGCCUCUAUUACAAACAUGCUCCGCCAGAUCCUCGGUCAGGCCAAGAAGCAUCCAAGCUUGAUUCCCCUCUUCGUAUUUAUUGGAGCAGGAGGUACUGGAGCAGCACUGUAUGUGAUGCGUCUGGCAUUGUUCAAUCCAGAUGUCAGUUGGGACAGGAAGAAUAACCCAGAACCCUGGAACAAACUGGGUCCUAAUGAUCAAUACAAGUUCUACUCAGUGAAUGUGGAUUACAGCAAACUGAAGAAAGAAGGUCCAGACUUCUAAAUGAAACAUUUCACUGUAAAGCUGCUUAUGAUGAAGGUCUUUGAGAAGCAUCCGCACAAUUUUCCACUUAACCAGGAAAUACUUCUCCUUUAAACGCAUGAAAUCAUGUUGAUUUGUUGGAGUUUAUUACACUGAUUAAUAAACCUCUGAAACUUGA